AAUGAUAUCCCUGCCCCCCCCUAUAUAAUCCCCCCGAUCUUUUCGCUGUGCGCUUGAUAGUAGUAUCUCCAUUGGCGUCCACUCGUUCCCUUCGCCCUAUCUCUCCAUAGCGAUUUCAUCUUCAAUUUCAGGUCUCCUUUCGAUUCUUUCAUUCGUAGUUUGUUUAAAUUCGAUUCGUCGUCCUUUAAGACGCACGAAAUACUUAGGGUUUCGUAUCUUGUUUGUUUCGAUUUCAAAUAUGGUUAACCCUGACGAACAACGAUCGGUCGAUGACCGCGAUGCCGAGGGCACGAUUGAUCGGACAAACGGCGAUGGUUUUGGUGAUUGGAGUGCCGUCGAGGCGUCUGGGAGUGGAACGACGUCGAAUUCGGGACGUUUGACGGGCGGCGGCGGUGGAGCAGACGAAGGGGAUGGAGAUCUGUCGCUUCGAUAUAGCGAUGGGGUUGAUAGGGUUAUGCAGUUUCUCCAGGCUCUUGAUUUGCAGGUCAUGGGGGCGUGUCGGGCCGAUGAGAGGUUAAAGCCCUUGUUCAAGCUGAAUAACGCGACUGGUGCUGCCGAAGAUCGCUUGCUGGCGCAGCUGAGUCAGCACUUUGAGCCGUCGGAAGUAGGUAUGCUGGCGAGGUGCUUGUGCAUUCCCCUUGUUUCCAUUCGCGUAGGAAAGAUCAACAAGCGAGGAACUCUGUUGUGCCCUACAACUUCAAGGGGGAAUCUGAAUCUAACGCUCUUGCCAACAUCUGAUCUGCGUUUCUCAUUCAUCGGGGAUGACGGUCGUACGGAGAGACUGCUAACCCUUAGCAAUUCUCAGUGCUCUGCUGUAGUAGUUGAAGAGAUCCCAGCAGACAUGUCUGGGCGGUCUUUCCUAAUAAAGAUACCAGAUGGCGAGGUUUUAUAUUUUUGGUGCUCGGAGAAGUCAAAACUCCUAGGCAAUGAGUUGUUUACAAAGAUGAAGGAUCUACUUAAGAGGAAGCCCUCUCUUGCUGAACUAACUAGAAUCAGUGAGUCGCGCCUGGACUGUUUCGCAACUCAUCUCCGAACUUACCUUCUGGGGUCCACUGUUACUGUCACCCGAUCAAGUACGACUCCUCCCUCGAAUGCCUCAUCAGAUACAUCUGAAAAUUUUCAAGCUGCUCAACUUGGUUCUGCAUCUGCAAAGCCUUCACGUGCCCGACACCUCGGGAUUCAAUCAGGAAAGAGUAAUUCUAUCUACCAGGGCAGCCUCAGUCCACGGUCAAGUUCCUUUAAAGAAGGCCUGCCCAGAAGUUUCUCAUCCUUGAGAAGUGCAGCCCGGGAAAAGCUAAGGCGUCGUGACAUCCAAUUUUCAGUGGUUGACGACCUGUCUGUCACUUUGCCAGUUACCACAGAUGUGUCGACGUCAGACAAACUACAAGAGGCUAACAGAAUUUUCUUACCAUCUUCAAAUUCGUUGGAAUCACUUGGGAAAUCUGUUGCUCUACCCUUUUUAAGCCCUAAUACAUCUCAAGGACCUUCAGUAGGUUUAUCAUCACUUUUUUCACCCUAUUAUUGCUGGUGCCCUCCUGUUGCAUCAACCAUGCAAUACACGCUACCAAUCCCAUCAUCAACCGAAUCACUAUCUUUACCGCCGCUUUCUUCUUUUCUACCAGCUGCUAGGUCGUCUAGUGGGCUUAGUGUCACUGAUUUCCCGCCUAUAGAUUUCCCCCCGCUGCUGCCUGACCCACUUGUCAGGUUUCCGCUACCCAGGUCUAGUUCACAGCAGAUCCCAACGUUCACACCUUUAAUGUGCGACUCUAUUGUCCACAUCCCAUUCAUUGAUGUUUGCUCCUCUGGCCAAGGGUACCUUGUGAGUGCGGGUCCUGCCAUUUCAACCACCAUUACCCCGCUACACCCAACACUUGUGAACCCUUUGGGCCAAGAAACUGAUUCUGUUGUUGAAAAGGGUGCAAGAGAGACUCUGCGUCUGCUCUUAAGUAGUUCAAGCCAGACCAACCAACAGCUGAUGAAUGUAUUCCCAUCUGUUCUUACCUGUACUGAUGAGAAACAGAGCAUUCUUGUUGCUGGGAGCCAAGGCUUCUACACUGGGGCAGGGGAUAUUGGUGCUAUUGCAAACAGCAUCUCUGCCAUAGGGCUGGUUUCUCUCCCGGAGAAAUCAAUGGGAGAAGUGAAGAGAUGCACCAGCCAGGGUAAGUUGGUGGAUCAGUUAGAGAAAUCAGGCGGUCCUGGUGACGGUGAGGGUUCAGUUUCAAAAUUUAGGGACGAAAGGACUGAUUGAUGGAAACCUGUUUGGAAUUUUGGGGGGGAGAUGCUUUGUAAAUCCGAUCUUUUUGUUGUUCCUGAAAGUGUAGAUAUGUGGCUUUAGUGUUUGUGAUCCAAGUUGUAAUUACCCUUGUAAUUCAGCCAUUCAUGGGCAGUUUUUUGAUUGUUCGAUUCCAUGACUAGAGUAUGUGAAUGUUUGCAUCUUUUGGUUCAAAUGUGCACUAUUUUUUUGCUGUA